AUGGCAGGUUUCAGCUGGUUUGAUGUGUGGUGGGGAAGAACAGCAGAGCUGCUGCUCUUUUGGAUUUCCAUAGUAGUCUCUCCAUCCCUACUCCAGCCCCCUCUGCCUCUCUCCCUGCCAGUCCAGAUAUCAGUCGUCCCUCCUCUCUGGCAGUUCUUCCCUCUUUCCCAGGUGGAGCUUGGCCCUCUGUUCUCCAACUCCAGCCCCUUCUCCUUCUCCCAGAAUGUUUUCAUGCUCCCCCCACUCAGCCAGACUCUCAGACCAAGCCUCCAGGCUUCCUUCGGCCCUUACUCAGUUUCAGAGCUCAUAUCAGAGCCUGUCCUCCCCCCCUCUCUCCUUUUGUCCGCUACCCUCCUCUCAGAGAAUGUUCAGAGAGAAUGGGAUGAGAGGGGGCAGGAGAGGUUCACGGUGAGGGUGUUGUUCCACAAGCGAGGCAACAUCAGUAACCAAGGGACCUGCAUCACCCUCCAUGCUUUUAAGGACACAGAGGAGCACAAAGCCUCCUGCAUCACACAGCCUCCUCUAGGCCUGUGUGUGGUAACUCUGACGCUGCCCAAUGGCUGGUUUGAGUAUCAACACACCCAACAGUCCCAUCAAAGUUUGGACAAAUGGUACAGUGACAUCAACCCUCGUCGCCAGGUGAAAAAGCGGCAACAGGGCCAACAUCCUCAUGGCAACUUCGUUAACCGUGAGCGACCAGCUUCUUCUUCACGGAGGUGUCCAGAGGACCGAAUGGCUCAGUCCCAGAGACAGCUCUUCCAUAUCAAGAGAGUGACACUGAUUGAGCAGGAGGACAAGGAAAGAAAGCAGAGCAGAGCCACAAAAGAAACCUGUUUGAACAGGAAGGACGAGGAGGAACUUAAAGUGGACUCCCAUGUUGUGAUCCACUAUCACAGGGGCCCGGUCCUGAUAGGACAAGCAAUCAGGGUUUCUGUAAAUCUAAGAGCCAAUGUCAGUGCUCAGUUUGUUGUCAUCAGUUUGAAGGUGAAGAGGGGCUUAGUGUCAAUAGUGGCACAGAAAACUCUGGCCUCUGACCUGUGGGCAGUGACCCUGGAGAGAAGUCAAAGCUCCGAACACGAUGUGGUUUCCAUCCUCUGCCAAAAACACAGCGUGGCGAAGCAAUCUCACGAUCCCACUCUACUCCAGCAAGUGGUGUGUCUGUCAGUCAGCGGCCUGAGGCAGAGCUUUGGUGUUGCCAUGACAGUGUCUGCAAACUGGUGGGUGGCGUACUCUGGCCAUAAUAACCCCCCAUCUUCACAUCGGACAGCAACGAGCGUCUUCUCUUUCACUGAUCGACACAUCUUUGGCAUUGCUCCCAUCACAGAGAGUAACACAAUCAUCAACACAGCCAUACUGACCAACCAGCCGGUGUUGCUUCCUGUAAUUGUUCUGGCCAUAGGCAAUGAUGAGAAGAUGUCAGAUGUUACCUCUGCAGUCACCUGUCGUUCUACCAACGAAAACACUAUCAAGGUCUCCAGUGAUUGCUCUACCCUCUUUGUCGAUGGCAGCGAAUCUGGGCUGGGAAGCACCUGUGCGGUGGUGGAGUUUCUACUGGGCACGCUGCGUGGGUCUGUUUGUCUGGAAGUCUGGGCUCCAUCAGUGCCUCUGCGAGUUUCCUUAGCAGAUCCUGUUCUCAAUGCUAUUGACGGCUGGAACGUCUUCACAGAGAAAGGGUGUGUGCCGGUGUAUCAGCGCUCCUCUGUCCAGGUUCUGACUCAGUUUACAGCUCAGGACUCCCACAGCAAAACCACACAUCUCCUGGGCUCAUCAGAUUGGUUCGUUGAUGUGACGGAGCUGGUCCGUAACUGGCUGAGAGUGGAGGAUUCCCGAGUGGCUUCCCUUGGCCUUCACAACACCGUGAUUGGUUUACGACCAGGAAAGACGUCACUGCAUAUCAUCUCUGAGCAGUGGGAUGGUGUUCUUGGCAGAUGUGACAUCACUGUGACCCCUGACGCUGUUGCCCCUGGUGACUUGUCUGUACAGGUGGUCAGCGGCCUUGGCAUGUCAGUCAUGGCCAGCUCUGCCCACCCCUCCAUCAUCACAACAACAGUGACAGCUUACAACAUCCUGUACAACCAUCACCAGGAAGCGUCCAUCAGUGUUUGGCUCCAGUUCAGCGACGACACUGCCUCCCUGCUCUCCACCUUCAGUGACCUCCCUUUUGUCCUGCAUCUGUCCUCACUGGCUGAGACCGUGGUUGUGGUGGAACCCAGUCCCAGUCAACGCAUCUUCGCCCAGGGCGAUGGAGGCGGGCCUUUACUGCGAGCAGAAGUUUUGGUUUCUGUCUGUGCUGACAAGCAAAUUACCUCCAACUCUAUCCAUGAAGGCAGCAGGGAGUGGGCGAACUUCAAAGGAAAACUAGGCACCAGGAAGCUGGCAAGUGGAUCUGGAUGGAUACGAGUCAAUCUAGAUCUUGGAUUUAAGCAGUCAGUAGAAAUGAAGAAUGAGGAAGGCGAGGAGUUUGAGACGAGCAUUUCAGACAAGCUGGUUGAAUCAUACAGUGACAUCUACACAUCAAGCGAGAAUGAAAUCGGAAAUGUGAGCAGUGGUAGUGACUACUAUGAGAAAAUCAGUCAGAGGGUGACUAAAAGAAAGUGGAAUGAGGUGGACAACAGAGAGAUGAUCAGUCAGACCACUUUGGAAAGAGCUGUGCUGAUGCCCAAACUGGAGGAGGGCACUAUGUACUUCCCCCCAAGCCAGGAGAAAGAUGGUGAGAGAGGGAAGGUGGAGGAGGAUGCAGAGGGAGCUCAAGACCUGGAGGUUGGUGUAGGCGCUGUGCUCUCUCUGCUCUGUCUGUCUGCUGCCCUCUUCCUAGCAAACUGUCUGCCCUGCAUAUUGCGAGACAGGAGAAGAGGGACCAGGACAGAGGAGGACAAGGAAGGAGAGAUGGGGGGAUGUGCAAUGGAAGACAGGAAGGACAGUGAAGAGAGAGAGGUGGAGGACUCGGAGGAACUUGAGAAGAAGAACAGAGAAGAUGAAGACAAGCUAAAUAAGAAGCAAAAGGAGAUUAAUGAAGAAGUUUUUCAAGGAGUAGAGAUCAUUUGCUGA